AUGGUUGACAAAAGUAGAGGGGGUCUGGGAGUCUUAAAUCUCAAACAAAUGAACAUUGCUCUUUUAGUAAAAUGGAUUUGGAGAUUUGGAUUAGAGAAAGAUAAACUUUGGUGUAAGAUUAUUUCUGAAAAACAUGGUGUUAUGUCUUCUCAUUGGUUACCUGGUAUAAAAGUGGCCUUCUGGUUUGAUAAGUGUAGUGGUGCUGAUUCUCUUAAAUUAUCUUUCCCUAAUCUGUUUAGAUUGGCAAAGGAUAAGUUUUCUUCAGUCAUAUCUCAUAUAAAGAAUGGCAACUCGGUUUUUGAUUUCAAAAGAAGACUAUUAGACGAAGAGGUGAAUCAGUUUGCAUUGUUACUUCUCAGAAUCGAUUCUUCACCACCACCGUUAAAUAAUUUGCCCGACCCAAGAAGAUGGAGCUUAGGAAAUAAUGGAGUUUUUUCUAUCAAGGCCCUAUAUUCAGAGCUUAUCAAAUUAGACGGUGUAAGUGAUUUUCCGUAUAAGUUUGUCUGGAACUCAAUAAUUCCUCCUAAAGUCUGUUUUUUUGUUUGGCAUGCUGUGCAUGGCAAGCUUAACACUAAAGACAUGUUGCUUAGAAAAGGUAUGUCUUUAGAUCAAGAGUGCAUCAUGUGUGGAGAUGUUGUAGAAACUUCUAGCCAUUUUUGCUUCACUGGUUGGCAUCUGCUGAAUGAAAGUGGUAAUACAAUAUAUUGGAAUAUGAUACCGGCAGCUGUGGGAUGGAUUAUUUGGGGAGAAAAGAAUGCUCGAACUUUUGGGACAAUUGGGAUGCAAUUUUCACAUAGCAUAUUCAUGUUCUCUGCUAAUGUUUGA